CGCCGCCGGCGGCCGGAAGAGCCUGGCACCAGAGCCGCCGCUGCGGGCGCCAGACGCCGCGACGGCCGCGGGGAAAUCGCCGGCUGCGCGAUGUGGCCCUUGGAGAGCCCCGGGGCCGCGGAGCUUCAGGAGACCGGGCUGCCGCUAACAGACGACACGCCCCCGGGCGCGAGCGAGGAGCCGGCCGCCGCGGAGGCAGCGGAAACUCUCGACUCCGGGUGGUGCUGGCCGUGCCGCUCCUCGCCGUGCGGCUCCCGCGUGCAGCCGGAAGCCAAGAAGAAAGCACGCUGUCCUGGACUGGGCUUGUUUUACACAUUAUUGUCUGCCUUCUUUUUCUCAGUGGGCUCUUUAUUUGUUAAAAAAGUGCAAGAUGUCCAUGCUGUAGAAAUUAGUGCAUUCCGAUGUGUGUUCCAGAUGCUAGUCGUUAUCCCUUGCUUAAUAUACAGAAAAACUGGGUUUAUAGGCCCAAAAGGUCAACGAAUCUUCCUCUUUCUCAGAGGACUCCUCGGUUCUACCGCCAUGAUCCUUUUAUACUACGCUUUCCAGACAACAUCCCUCGCUGAUGCCACAGUAAUCUCGUUUAGCUGUCCAGUGUUUACAGCUAUACUUGCUUGGAUAUUUCUCAAGGAAAAAUAUAGCCUUUGGGAUGCUCUCUUCACCUCAUUCGCCAUCAUUGGAGUGAUCCUAAUUGUGAGGCCGCCGUUUUUGUUUGGUUCCAACACUGCCGAGAUGGUUGAAAGCUAUUCAGAUCACGUGAAGGGCUCCAUGGCAUCUGUUGCACAUGCCCUGUUUGCUGCCUUCACUUUAAUUAUCCUCAGAAAAAUGGGGAAAUCUGUGGAAUACUUUUUGAGCAUUUGGUAUUAUGUAGUUCUCGGCCUUGUGGAAUGCGUCACCAUCCUCUUUAUAACAGGAGAUUGGCGUCUGCCAUACUGUGGGUUGGACAGGCUCUUUCUCAUCCUAAUUGGGCUAUUUGGUCUGGCGGGUCAGGUGUUUCUCACCAAAGCCCUUCAAAUAGAAAAGGCAGGGCCAGUAGCAAUAGUGAAGACUAUGGAUGUGGUUUUUGCUUUUGUCUUUCAGAUUAUUUUCCUUAAUGAUGUACCAACAUGGUGGACAGUGGGUGGUGCGCUCUGCGUAGUAGCCAGUAGUAGUGGAGCAACCAUUCAUAAAUGGUGUCAGAAUUCCAAAUGAAGCAUCAUUGUGGAAAUGUGUAUAUAUUUUUUUUCAAGUAUACCGUCACCCGGUUCAGACACACAACACAUUCACACACCCGGAAAAUCUGCAUUUACUUUACUGAUUAUAUUUAAUAAAUUUCAUAACUAAAGUACCAUUUUUGAAUAAAGUUAUGUCUUUAAUUAGUGAAGCAUAGCCAGUCGGUUUGGUAUAGCAAUUAUUUUUUUUGAUUUUGGUUUAUUUUUUUGUUGGGUGGCAUUUGUAAGAGGAUAGCUCAUUAGUUGAAGAAACACUACAAAAAAAUUUAUGACUCUAGUAUAAAUAUAUGUAAUUUUUCAAAGUGUACUUUUGGUACUGAUGGAAUAUUGGUAGGGAGGAAAUUUUAGAUGCUCUUAAAGCAGUGGAGAGGCUAAGAAACUUACUGAUAAUAAUGAUGCUACGAUUAGUAUUAUAUUGAAAAUUCAUUUGAAAUGUAAUUCCACUUAGGAGGCCAAAGCUGAAACUUAGAAUAGGUGCCUUCUUAAUGGUGUUAAUAAUACAAAUGGAUUAGCCUUAUUUUCAAGGCUUUUAUAAAUGAUUAUCAUUCUUUUAACCCAUAUUUGUGCCUUUUUAUUUUAAUACCAGAAUUUUUAUAUGUCAACUUUUUAAAAAGUCUUUAAAUCACCAAAUUUGACUAAUAGUUUCUCUUUCAGUGGCAUUGGCAGCUGCAACUAUCACUAUAAUUUUAAAGGUCCUCUGGUUUUUUUUUGUUGUUUUUUUUUGAAACUACUAGAUUUUUUAAAACUUUCUAAGAUUUCAGGCCUUUAAAUUGCAAGAGAAAAAUCUUGGCAUGGCCAGUGUGCACAUUUCCAUCCUUAAGAGUUUUCCCCUUACUAGAAAUGUGAUUUUCUAGAAAUUCCCUUUGAAUCUAUAGUGUGAUACCAAAUAAAAUUUUCUCAGGAUUUUAUUAGGUGGAACCAUAUGUAAUUGCUGAGAUUUUACUUUUUUAACUUACAAAAACCAUAGUUUCUUAUGGUUCACCCUGAUAGACACCUCCCUUACCCUCCAAACCAAAUACCUAGAGGACUUUGGAAUAUAUAUUUGUAAAACAACUUUUUAAAGUACAGUAAUCCUCUUAAACUUAUUUUUAUAGUCUUUUUUCCCUUAUGGAAUUAUAUGUAAUAAUGUUUCAUGUUAUAUGUUUAAUAUAAAGACGUAAAUUCCAAUGGUUGAUUGAUUUUUGUAGUUUUCUGGAAUGGAAGAAAAAAUCACUGUUAAAUUCUAGUAUAUCAGUAUGGUAUUAAAUGUCAGUGCUGUA